UUCUGUGCUACGCGUGUUCAAAUCCUCUGUGACCGCGCGCAACAACGCGGCGUGAGCUUUGCGUUACAUCCUAACAAAGGAAAACGCGGCGCUCAACAGCAGCGACGGCGGCGGAGUCAGCGGCAGCGGCCCCUUUAAGACCGUUUAGGAAUAAUUAAUGACGUCGCGCUGUAAACACGACUGACGCUCGGCUGCGUGGCCGAAGCAUCUUCAGACCGAGAGCUUAAGACCUGUCCGGGCUGCCGUGUUUAUCUCUCGACGGGACCGCUCCGAGGCAUUAACAUAACUGAGGUACUCCUCGACUCUCAUAUGCGGACUCCAAAACCGAGACUCCGGUGCCGCGUCUGCUCUAUUAAGUGCCAUGUCUAGAAGGACGGACAGCCCCUCCUCUUACUAUGGUGAACCACGCAAGUUUGACCCCAACUUCAGAGGGCCUGUUCGUAACAGGAGCUGCACUGAUGUGUUUUGCUGUUUCAUCUUCGUCAUCGUCAUCAUCGGUUACAUCGCUCUGGGGACUGUGGCCUGGAUUCAUGGUGACCCCAGGAAGGUCGUCUAUCCAACUGACAGCCACGGUCAGUUCUGUGGGCAGAAGAACACCCCCAAUGCAAACAAAGCCAUAUUAUUCUACUUCAACAUGUUAAAAUGUGCCAAUCCUGCAGUUUUAAUUAACCUCCAGUGCCCUACAACCCAGCUCUGUGUCUCCAAGUGCCCUGACAGAUUUGCCACUCUACUGGAUGCAUGGAAUACCCAAAACUGGGGUUAUUACAAGCAAUUCUGCAAGCCGGGCUUCAAGAUUGACAGUAAGUCAGCUUUACAAGUCAUACGAGAUGAAGACUGCCCAUCAAUGAUUGUGCCAAGCAGACCUUUCCUUCAGCGGUGCUUCCCGGAUUUCAUUACCAGAAAUGGAACGUUAACUGUAGCCAAUCAGACCAUAUUUAAAGAUGGUGAGAAUAACAAGAGGAGCGUUAGCGACCUCAAAGAUGCUGCCACGGCUGCUAAGUCUGCACCCAGAGAGUUCUGGACAGAUGUUGCAGGAGGUCUUUCCAGUCUCCUAAAUGCCAAAGAAGUCGGCAUGAAGAUCUUUGAGGAUUAUGCAAAUUCCUGGGACUGGAUUCUCGUUGGACUAGUGAUAACCAUGGUGGCCAGUCUGCUUUUUAUCCUGCUCCUACGCUACACUGCUGGUGCAAUUUUAUGGCUUGUUAUAGUUGGUGUCAUCGGCGCCGUCGCUUAUGGUAUCUGGCACUGUUACGUGGAAUACAGCAUGCUGAGCAGGACGCCACAUGCUAAUAUGACCCUCUCGGAUAUCAGCUUUCACACAGACUUCAGCGUUUACCUUCAUCUCAGCCAGACAUGGCUCAUCUUCACGAUCUCACUGGCUGUGGUUGAAACCAUCAUUGUGAUUAUACUGAUAUUCCUGAGGAGGAGACUGUGCAUUGCUAUUGCUUUACUUAAGGAGGGAAGCAAGGCCAUUAGCUACAUCAUGUCCACUCUGUUCUACCCCAUCAUCACUUUUCUCCUUCUGGCCAUCUGCAUCACUUAUUGGGCAAUUAUAGCAGUCUUCUUAGCAUCAUCUGGUAAUGCAGUCUACAAGGUCACAGCUGCUGAUGAUAAAUGCAUGUAUGCUAACCUCACAUGCAAUCCAAAGACCUUCAAUCAGACUAACAUCACCAAGGUGUGCCCGGGGUCGCAAUGCCUGUUCGCUUUCUAUGGAGGCGAGAGCGUCUACCACCGCUACAUAAUAGUCCUCCAUCUGUGUAACCUGUUUGUGUUCCUCUGGCUGGUCAACUUUACCAUUGCCCUAGGCCAGUGCACCCUGGCUGGGGCCUUUGCAUCCUACUACUGGGCUCUGAAGAAGCCGAACGACAUCCCUGCCUGCCCUCUCUAUUCCUCAUUCAGUAGAGCGAUACGCUAUCACACAGGCUCCCUCGCCUUUGGUUCUUUAAUCCUGUCCGUGGUGCAGUUGGUUCAAAUUCUUCUUGAGUACCUGGAUAACAAACUGAAAGGUUCUCACAACUUCCUUGCUCGAUACUUGCUUUGCUGCCUCAAAUGCUGCUUCUGGUGCCUGGAACAUUUCAUCAGAUUUAUAAACAGAAAUGCAUACAUUAUGAUAGCAAUAUAUGGGAAGAACUUCUGCACAUCCUCCAAGGAUGCUUUCUUCCUCUUAAUGAGGAACGUAAUUCGGGUUGCUGUUCUGGACAAGGUGACAGAUUUUCUACUGUUCUUGGGAAAGCUGCUCAUUUCAGGAGGUGUUGGUGUUUUUGCUUUUAUGUUCUUCACGCAUAAAAUACCAACCAUUCAAGAGGAGGUGCCCUCUCUAAAUUACUACUGGGUCCCUGUUGUGACGGUGACCUUUGGGUCUUACAUGAUCGCACAAGGCUUUUUUAAUGUCUUUUCCAUGUGUGUGGACACGUUAUUCCUGUGCUUUUUGUGGGAUCUGGAGGUGAACAACGGCUCUGCAGAACGACCGUUCUACAUGAGCAGAUCCCUAAUGCAGAUCCUCCACAAGAAGAACAUCAAGAAAUAGAAACAAAACGAAGGUGGGAAACAGCCAACCAUGUGCAAGAUGUAGAGUACACACUUAAAAUGCCUCCAGGUUGGAGUUGAUAUAUUCUAAUAUUUUCAUUCCCUCACUCACAUGAUAUGAACUUGAAUGUAUGAAAAAGUCUUAGAUGAAGAACAAAGUUUUACCCACUCCUAUAUAUUCAACUAAUUCACAGCUGCAACUGAAAUAUACUUUGAUUUAUACAGUCACAGUCAACCUACACAGUGGUUUUCACACGAAUAUCCAUAAUUACAUUUCAAAUGUCUAAAUGCAUAAUAAGUACAUUAUUGUAAAUCAAGAUACAAAACAGAAUUCACAUUGCAGAUAUUGGCCAUCGAUUUAAUUUAUGAAGACAAAAAUAUGGCUCAAUGACAUCAACCAUUCAGAUUUGCCUAAUCAGUGCAAACUCCAGAUGUCUUUCAUUACAUCAGUACAAUUUGGUACAUUUAAAACAUUAGGAUAUGAGUAAUUAAAGUGGUUUAAAUUAUCCUGCUAACUAAUUAGAGCCCAGUGGUAGACCUUGAAUUAUAAUUUUGAUCAAUCACAAUGUCAUUUACCUAGUCAAAAUAAAUGUUAGAUGUAUGAAAUGUAAUUGAUGGAUAGCACUGACUCCUGAACCUUAUUUCUCACCUGCUUUAGUGUCAAACCUGAAUACAUGUUUUUACCACUUGGUGGCGCCAUCUACCAGAAUUGUUCUGAGUAGUGUCGUAGUGGACUGAUGAAGACUGAUGAAGUGAUCAGUUGCCCAUUUAUCUGUGUUGUUCUCACAGUGUUUGACCUCAGGUUGUCUCACAUUGAGAAAGGUGUUCACUACUUAGCAUCUAAUGUUUUCAGAUUUAAUGGUACAGACCAUCACAGCACAGUAGUUCAUAGUAACUGAUAAGAGCCCUUUGUUUAAAUGCCCAUAUUGAGUUUUCAGUUACAUCAUGCAGCUACACUGUUUUUUAUAGCACCCAUUCACAACAUGGAUUUCUCAAGGUACUGUAUAAGGUAAGGUUUAAGAGCUUACACAACUAAACUUAACAAAUCCUACAUAAAGGAAGCAAGUUAGUGUUUGAGGUGAGGUAAAAUUGGCAUAUUAUGAAACCAAAGACUCAGAUUUGUUCUUCUAAGUACUGUAGAAAGUUUAUAUAAUGAGCAAAUCAGCAGCUUCUGUUCAUCUUUUUUGUUUUUGUUUUUUUGUUUGUGUGUCUUUUAAAUUCUGGUUUCUGCAUUCUGGGGAUAGUACUGUACCACAGUGCUCAAUUAUGUGGCCACAUUGGCCUGUAUUUAUUUGAGUUAUGACUGGUUCAACCAAAAUAAAUGUGUAACUAUCAUUUAUUAAAUGUCUGUGUAUUUUGCUUUGUUUGUUGCACCCAUUAGGGGCAAAUUACAUUGCUUUUGAUCCAGAACCCAGUAAAUGCUGGACAGGUGUUUUUUUUUUUCCCCCAAAUUGAUACGAGUCUUCACGAGUUGCUGAUUAGCUGAAUGAUGAAGUCAAACAGUAAGGGACGCAGCUGUUGGCGGGUGGUCUCUUUCUACACAUGUUUGAUAAGGAUUUCUUGUUUUCCCUAAAUAGGUUUAUGCAUCAUGUGCUCAGCUUUGAUCUGCCGUGAGUAUGAUGCAAGGCCUGUUUGUCAAACCUGAAACCUGCCCUCAUGGUGCCAGUGACAGCGCUGGCAGACGCACCUCGUGCCCCCUUCUGCCUCUGUUUGGGCUCAACGCGCUGGGACACGCCGGCCGUACGUUAACCAUUCAAUACAAACAAGGCUCUGCCUGUGUACCUGAGAGGUGGUGAUGUCGAGUGGUGCCCAGUUUGUCACAUGUAGCAUUUAGUUCAGUGUUUUAUACUGAAUAAUAAUCUUUCAAAUGUCAGGGUUUUUGCGUUUAGCUCAGUUUUAAUUUCCAUAAAGACAAAAACCUCCGAUCUGACAAGUGAAGUUUUUAUAUGCUUCUCUCUCCCUCCCUUGUCUGGAAAAUAGAUUCUUUUGGUCAACCACAGUCAACAAGUAGACACAAGUAAAACCUCUCUCCUAGUCAGAUUGGGCGUCAGUUUUCUUACCACAAGCUCUUAAAAGUCAGACUCUGAAGAUGUAGUGC